CCUGUUGAAUUUAAUCGCCUAGCAACCGUCCGAGAACGUAGACGUAUCUCCUCAUCCACUUGUGCCGCUCUCGUGUUCGAUCGAUCGAAGAACGAAAAAAAGUGUGUGAAAAUGGCUUCGGGAAAGAUUCUCAUCUACGGUGGCCGCGGUGCUCUGGGUGCGUCGUGCGUGCAGUUCUUCAAAAAGAACAACUGGUGGGUAGGUUCGAUCGAUCUGACGGAAAACGAUGCGGCCGACGCCAACAUCGUGGUGGACCGUGACGCCGACUGGGUGGCGCAGGAGGCGGCCGUGUUGAGCAAGGUCGGUGCCGAGCUGAAGGGCGAAACGCUCGACGCCAUCAUCUGCGUCGCGGGCGGUUGGGCCGGUGGCAACGCGAAGAAGGACCUUGCCAAGAGCUCCGACCUCAUGUGGAAGCAGUCGGUGUGGUCGUCCGCCAUCUCGGCGACGGUCGGCGCCAACCAUCUGAAGCCGGGCGGUUUGCUGGUGCUGACGGGAGCGAACCCCGCCCUCGAGGGUACCCCGGGUAUGAUUGGCUACGGUAUGGCGAAGGCCGCCGUGCACCAGCUGACGAAGAGUUUGGCCGGCGAGAAGUCGGGCCUGCCGGACAAUUCGCUCGUCGUGUCCAUCCUGCCCGUCACGCUCGAUACGCCGAUGAACCGCAAAUGGAUGCCGGAUGCGGAUACGUCCACUUGGACGCCGCUCGAGUUCCUUUCUGAGCUGUUCCACAAGUGGUCCAAGGGAGAGGAGCGUCCCGCCAACGGCAGCCUGGUGAAGCUGAUUACCAAAGACUCCAAAACAGAGAUGGUAAUCGUCUAAGCGGCCUUCCGGCGGGGAGACCGCACACCACGUUCAUGCCCUUCCCGAAUCUCAACUCCACUGUAUGCUCUCUUUCUUUCUCUCUUUCUAUACAUUGAUUCCACCGUUUUGUGACGGUACAUUCCAUGAUGGGGUCGAUUUACUUAAAAAAAAACAAACAAACACAUUCCAGAAAUCGUAAACCGCCAAAAAUCCCCAAGCUGUGAGUCAGCACACAGUUCCACUGGCGCACAUUGUUGUUUAAUUGUUAAAAAUUGAGCGUGCAUCGAAUUCGUUGAUCGAAACUUUAAGUGAAAAUAAAGUGUAAUAUUGCUGUUUUGAACGGCAAAUGAAUCAAA